CCAAACCAAACCUCUCUGAAAAUAGCCAAAGCUAAGAGAGAUAAAAACAGAAACCAAAAACAAAAACAAACAAAAAUAAACAGAAACCAAAAACAAAAACAAACAAAAAUUUUAGAUUGAGAAACAAAACCAAACAGAGAGAAGUUUCCCGAGAAAGUUUUGACAGAGAUAUGGCGACGCCGGGAGGUGUGGCGGUGCUACCGAAUUCAGUGAACAAGGUCGAUUCGCCUUCGUCUUCUUCUUCGUCUACGAAAACUGUUGUUUGCGUGAGGAGCUCGGAGGUGAGCUCACCGAUUCUGAUUUUCUUGUUCUUUCACAAAGCGAUUCGUAAUGAGCUAGACGCGCUUCACCGAUCUGCCAUGGCCUUCGCCACGGGGAGGCGCACCGAUAUCAGGCCGUUGCUCGAGCGCUACCAUUUUCUGCGAUCGGUUUACAGGCACCACUCCAAUGCUGAAGACGAGGUAAUCUUUCCGGCUCUUGACAUACGUGUGAAGAAUGUAGCACAAACGUAUUCCCUUGAACACAAGGGUGAAAGUAAUCUUUUUGAUCACCUAUUUGAGCUACUAAAUUCUUGCACACAAAAUGAUGAAAUUUUUCCAAGGGAAUUAGCUUCCUGUACAGGAGCUCUACAGACAUCAGUUAGCCAGCACAUGGCUAAGGAAGAGGAGCAGGUCUUCCCCUUGGUUAUUGAAAAGUUUUCGCUUGAAGAGCAGGCAUCUUUGGUCUGGCAAUUCUUGUGCAGCAUUCCAGUGAAUAUGAUGGCAGAGUUCCUUCCAUGGAUUUCAACCUCCAUUUCACCCGAUGAAUAUAAGGAUCUGCGGAAGUGCUUAAACAAGAUAGUCCCAGCGGAAAAGCUUCUUCAAGAGGUCAUUUUUACCUGGGUGGAAGGGAGGAGCAGCACUAACACAGCUGGAAGUUAUGUAGACAAUCCUCAACUCCGAAGUUGCCUAGAUUCUAAUGCAAGCACAUUGGCUUCUCAACUAAAGAAAGUAAACUGUGCUUGUGAGUUUACCAGGACUGGGAAAAGGAAAUAUCUAGAGUCAGUUACUGAUGUUUCAGAGACCACUGGAACACAUCCAAUAAAUGAAAUAUUGCUCUGGCAUAAUGCUAUUAAAAGAGAGUUGAAUGAGAUAGCCAAGGAGGCUAGGAAGAUACAACUUUCUGGAGAUUUCACUAAUCUAUCAGCUUUCAAUGAGAGGUUGCAAUUUAUUGCUGAGGUUUGCAUCUUUCACAGUAUUGCUGAGGACAAGGUUAUAUUUCCCGCGGUAGAUGGAGAAUUUUCGUUUUUCCAGGAGCAUGCGGAAGAAGAAAGCCAAUUCAAUGAGUUUAGGUAUUUGAUUGAAAGUAUACAAAGUGCAGGAGAAACCUCAACUUCAGCUUCUGAGUUUUAUGCAAAAUUAUGCUCACAUGCUGAUCAUAUUAUGGAAACUACACAGCGGCACUUCCACAAUGAGGAAGUUCAGGUUCUUCCACUUGCUCGAAAGAACUUCAGCAUCAAAAGACAGCGAGAACUUUUGUAUCAAAGUUUAUGCGUGAUGCCCUUGAAAUUGAUUGAACGCGUCUUGCCAUGGCUGGUAGGAUCAUUGACUGAAGAUGAAGCUUGCAAAUUCCUCGAAAACAUGCAAUUGGCAGCUCCAGCACCAGAUAAAGCUCUGGUAACCCUCUUUUCUGGUUGGGCUUGCAAGGCUCGUAACCAAGGAUUGUGCUUGUCUCCAAAUGCAACUGGUUGCUGCCCUGCUAAAACUUUUGCUGAUAUUGAAGAAAAUUUUGAUAGAUCAUCCUGUGCACGUGCUUCCACAUUGUCUGCUAAAGACAGCCCAAUAUCAGCUGAAGCAGAUGCAAUCAAAAGGCCAUUCAAACAUAAUGUAUCAGUGUUAUGCAGGAAUGGCAAUGCUCCUGACCCACCUUCAAAGACUUUCAAUGUCCAGAAACAAUGUUGUAGUGAUCAAACUUGUUGUGUACCUGGUUUAGGUGUAAACAAUAAUAAUCUAGGGUUGGGUUCUCUUUCUACUGCUAAGUCUUUACGUUCCUUGUCUUUCAGCUCUUCUGCCCCAUCUCUUAACUCCAGUCUUUUUGUCUGGGAAACAGAAAAUAGCUCUUCUGAUAUUGGGUGUGCAGAACGACCGAUUGAUAACAUAUUUAAAUUUCAUAAGGCCAUACGCAAAGACUUGGAGUAUUUAGACAUUGAAUCUGGAAAGCUUAGUGACUGUGAUGAGACAUUCUUUCGGCAGUUCAUUGGAAGAUUUCGUCUGUUGUGGGGCUUAUAUAGAGCUCAUAGUAAUGCUGAAGAUGAUAUUGUGUUUCCAGCCUUGGAAUCCAAGGAAGCACUUCAUAAUGUGAGUCACUCAUACACACUAGACCAUAAGCAGGAAGAGAAAUUUUUUGAAGAUAUAUCUUCUGUUCUUCAUGAGCUUUCACAACUUCUUGAAAGCUUGCAGAAGGCACAUAAGACAGAGGAUUUAGCUGGAAAUAACAUUGGAUUUUCUUCUGCCCAUGGUAGUGAUUCUGUUAGGAAGUACAACGAGCUAGCUACUAAGCUUCAAGGAAUGUGCAAAUCAAUAAGAGUGACAUUGGAUCAGCAUAUUUUCAGGGAAGAACUUGAGCUGUGGCCAUUGUUUGGCAGACAUUUCUCUGUGGAGGAGCAAGACAAAAUAGUGGGUCGCAUAAUUGGGACUACAGGUGCUGAAGUGCUACAAUCGAUGUUACCAUGGGUAACUUCUGCACUUACUCAGGAUGAACAGAACAAAAUGAUGGACACAUGGAAACAGGCAACCAAAAACACAAUGUUCAAUGAAUGGCUUAAUGAGUGUUGGAAAGGAAGUCCAGGGUCAACUUCAGAGACUGAAACAUUGGAAACCAGCACCUAUCAAAGAGAAUAUCAAGAAAGUCUGGACCAGAGUGAUCAGAUGUUCAAGCCUGGUUGGAAGGAUAUUUUCCGUAUGAAUCAAAAUGAGCUUGAGUCAGAGAUCAGAAAGGUUUAUCAGGACUCGACUCUUGAUCCUAGGAGGAAGGCGUAUCUUGUUCAGAAUCUUAUGACUAGUCGUUGGAUAGCAGCUCAGCAGAAGUUGCCAAAAUCAGUAGCUGGGGAAACUUCUAAUGGUGAAGAUGUGGAAUGCUCACCAUCAUUCCGAGAUCCUGAGAAACGAGUGUUUGGGUGUGAGCAUUACAAAAGAAACUGCAAACUGCGUGCUGCUUGUUGUGGCAAGUUUUUUACAUGUAGAUUUUGCCAUGACAAUGUGAGCGAUCAUUCUAUGGAUAGGAAAGCAACAUCAGAAAUGAUGUGCAUGCGUUGCUUGAACAUUCAAGCAGUUGGGCCAAUAUGUUCGACACCUUCAUGCAAUGAAUUUUCCAUGGCCAAGUAUUAUUGCAAUAUAUGUAAAUUUUUUGAUGAUGAAAGGACUGUAUAUCACUGCCCAUUCUGCAAUUUAUGCCGUCUUGGGAGAGGUCUUGGAAUAGAUUAUUUUCAUUGCAUGACAUGCAAUUGUUGCCUGGGAAUAAAGUUAGUGAACCACAAGUGUCUGGAGAAAAGUUUAGAAACAAACUGCCCAAUCUGCUGCGACUUCUUAUUCACAUCAAGUGAUACAGUCAGAGGUCUACCUUGUGGUCAUUAUAUGCAUUCAGCUUGCUUUCAGGCAUACACUUGCAGUCAUUACACUUGUCCAAUCUGCAGCAAAUCUUUAGGAGAUAUGGCGGUCUACUUUGGCAUGCUUGACGCAUUGUUGGCGGCUGAGGAGCUUCCAGAGGAAUAUAGGGAUCGUUGUCAGGAUAUACUCUGCAACGACUGUGAUAGAAAGGGCAGCUCUAGCUUCCACUGGUUGUAUCAUAAGUGUGGAUUUUGUGGAUCAUAUAACACCCGAGUGAUCAAGAGUGAGUUGACAGUUUGCCCCACUUCACACUAAUGAGAGGAUCCCUUUUCCUCUUGAAGAAUGUAUACACAGUAGUUUGUAAAUACUUGUUUGUAUAGCCAAUCAAAUUUUCCCUUACCAGGAAACUGGUUAUUACUGAUUCCUACAUCUGAUAAGCAGUGAAGGACAUUGCUUUUAUAGAAGCCACCUAAAGGUCCACUUGUUUGGAAGAUGCGUCUCCAAGAAUUGAGAUUUGAGACAACUACAAGAGAUAAUUACAUUAAUAUGUUCAACCCCGAGAGAUUGACCUAGUAGUUCUCUAGGUCUCAUGAGAUUCAUGAGGUUUUGGAUUCAAAACUUCUAACCAGCAUUUUGGAAUGUGUGUGGGUUGGGGGCAUUACACGCACCUAGGAGAAUAAUCAAAGUCCUCAAAGAGCUUUGGACAGUAACAUUAGCCAAAAAAGGAAAUUGCAUUAAUAUGCAGCCACUAGUAGUAUAUAUGCUACUUUUGCUCUUUGCUCUUUCAUCUUACAGUAAAAAUUUUCUCCUAACCAGAAAUGUGAAUUUUGUUCAA